AUGGUUCCAGCCAGAGAAUAUCUUCAGCAGAGGAGCGACGUGAUGGUGUUUAUGAAGAUCAUAUGGUUGCGUGUGAAGAAUAGACUUGUGAAGAGGAAGCACUGUUGCAGAAAUCUAGGACCAGAUAACGUGGUGGAGAGUAUAGACCCGGAAGAAGACCACGGACCCAGGAUGACUCCAACAUUCGAGGUUUGGUGUAGGAGGCUGAGAGCAGGAUAUGGACAAGGCCGUGCACACCGGCAUGCUGCCCUCAGCCUGGCCGUGGCGGCCCGGCCUGGUGAGCCCAGCGCGAUCGGGCUGGAAUUCAUUCAAAAUGAGAUCACCUCUUGCCGAACCGGUGCGGAUCUCAAGGGCCAGGAGCUGGGAGAUGCAGUCCGGAAAGGCCAGCUUCCUGGGGCAUACACCAUCACUAACCCCAAGCAGAGUGGACAGAUGUCCAUUACCCUCGCUCAGAUUGGUUUUGGCCUGCCUUUUGUCCCUGUGGGCUGCUCUGGGCACCCGAGGCAGUUUUUACCAUCUCCUCUGCAGGUCCCAGCCUGGCUCCAGCCAGCCCCCAGCAGCCCUGAGAACCGAGUGGUACCUCUCGUGACCAUCACAGAGGAUGUGAGAGAGCGCGUGUGCACAACAAAGGAUGAGUGCAACUCGUGGCUCCUUCCUGCAGAGAUGCUUACUCUGGACAUUCUCUUGUCAGUUCCCUGGUUGGUGGCUGAGAAAUGCGAUGACGGGGGCCAUCUUGGACAUGUGGGCCGAGGAUGGCAGAACCAGCUCAAACCCUGGAUUGUCUCCCCCUGGACUCUCAACUGUUCUCGGCCUUCGAGUGGAGGCCACGAGAAAGCAGGUGCUCCCCCACCGCCGGGCUCCGGGAGAGCAGGCAAAGAGCCCGCGCUGAGCUCGGGGAAAGUUGGUGGGCCGCCUUUCCUCCUCGACGAACACCGGCUCCGUGGCUUCUCCCAGGGGAAAGAGAAGGUGGCCGGGAGGCCGCUUGCGUCGCCAAACAUCCCCCCGCGCUCCUGGGAGCAGCGAAGGACAGGUGCCUUUUCUCCGACGUCCCCGAGAGGCGGCCGCUGCACCUCGCUCGCUGCCGCGCCCCCUCCGCGGCACGCGCUCGCCCUCUGCGCCCCGCGCCCUCCCCAUUCCCGGGAGCGGGGAGGCUCCGGCUCGCAGACCUGGGCCCGCUUCGCGCAGCCUCCGGCCCCCGAGGCCGCCGGCCUCCUCCACGACACCUUCCCCGACGGCUUCCUCUGGGCCGUGGGCAGCGCCGCCUACCAGACGGAGGGCGGCUGGCGGCAGCACGGCAAGGGCGCGUCCAUCUGGGACACGUUCACCCACCACCCCCCGGCGCCCGCCGGCGCCCCCCCGGUAGCCCGCCCGCCGUCGGGCGCCCCGUCGCCGUCCCCGCCCGCUACCGGGGACGUGGCCAGCGACGGCUACAACAACGUCUUCCGCGACACGGAGGGGCUGCGCGAGCUCGGGGUCACCCACUACCGCUUCUCCAUCUCGUGGGCGCGGGUGCUCCCCAAUGGCAGCGCGGGCGCCCCCAACCGCGAGGGGCUGCGCUACUACCGGCGCCUGCUGGAGCGGCUGCGGGAGCUGGGCGUGCAGCCUGUGGUCACCCUGUACCACUGGGACCUGCCCCAGCGCCUGCAGGACGCCUACGGCGGCUGGGCCAACCGCGCCCUGGCCGACCACUUCAGGGAUUACGCCGAGCUCUGCUUCCGCCACUUCGGCGGCCAGGUCAAGUACUGGAUCACCAUCGACAACCCCUACGUGGUGGCCUGGCACGGCUAUGCCACCGGGCGCCUGGCCCCUGGCGUCCGGGGCAGCGCGCGGCUCGGGUACCUGGUGGCGCACAACCUCCUCCUGGCUCAUGCCAAAAUCUGGCAUCUCUACAAUACUUCUUUCCGUCCAACUCAGGGAGGCCAGGUCUCCAUCGCCCUAAGCUCCCACUGGAUCAAUCCUCGAAGAAUGACCGACCACAGCAUCAAAGAAUGUCAAAAGUCUCUUGACUUUGUACUAGGCUGGUUUGCCAAACCCAUAUUUAUUGAUGGUGACUAUCCUGAGAGCAUGAAGAAUAAUCUUUCACGUCUUCUGCCUGAUUUUACUGAAGCUGAGAAAAAGUUCAUUAAGGGAACAGCUGACUUUUUUGCUCUUUCUUUUGGACCAACCUUGAGUUUUCAACUAUUGGACCCCCACAUGAAGUUCCGCCAGUUAGAAUCUCCCAGCCUGAGGCAACUCCUUUCUUGGAUUGACCUUGAAUAUAACCACCCUCAAAUAUUUAUUGUGGAAAAUGGCUGGUUUGUCUCAGGGACCACUAAGAGAGACGACGCCAAAUAUAUGUAUUACCUCAAAAAAUUCGUAAUGGAAACCUUAAAAGCCAUUAGGCUGGAUGGGGUGGACGUCAUUGGGUACACGGCCUGGUCCCUUAUGGAUGGCUUCGAAUGGCACAGAGGUUACAGCAUCAGGCGUGGACUCUUCUAUGUUGACUUUCUAAGCCAGGAUAAGAAACUGUUGCCGAAAUCUUCAGCCUUGUUCUACCAAAAGCUGAUAGAGAAAAAUGGCUUCCCUCCUUUACCUGAAAAUCAACCUCUAGAAGGGACAUUUCCCUGUGACUUUGCUUGGGGAAUUGUUGACAACUACAUUCAAGUGGACACCACUCUGUCUCAGUUUACCGACCCGAACGUUUACCUGUGGGACGUCCACCACAGUAAGAGGCUAAUUAAGGUGGACGGGGUUGUGACCAAGAAGCGGAAGUCCUACUGCGUGGACUUCGCUGCCAUCCGGCCCCAGAUAGCCUUACUCCAGGAGAUGCACGUUUCCCAUUUUCACUUCUCCCUGGACUGGGCCCUGAUCCUGCCGCUGGGCAACCAGUCCCAGGUGAACCACACGGUCCUCGACUACUACCGCUGCGUGGUCAGCGAGCUCGUGCGCGCCAACAUCACCCCGGUGGUGGCGCUCUGGCGACCCGCGGCCCCGCACCAAGGGCUGCCGCGGCCCCUGGCCAAGCACGGAGCCUGGGAGAACCCCCACACCGCCUCGGCUUUUGCAGAGUACGCCCGGCUGUGCUUCAAGGAUCUCGGCCACCACGUCAAGUUCUGGAUCACGAUGGGCGAGCCGUACACACGGAACAUGACCUACAGCGCGGGGCACAAUCUUCUGAAGGCUCACGCGUUGGCCUGGCGCGUGUACGAUGAAAACUUUCGGGGCUCUCAGAAGGGGAAAAUAUCCAUAGCCCUGCAGGCCGACUGGAUAGAGCCGGCCUGCCCUUUCUCCCAAAAGGACAAAGAAGUGGCAGAGAGAGUUUUGGAAUUUGACAUUGGCUGGCUGGCCGAGCCCAUUUUCGGCUCUGGGGAUUAUCCGCGUGUGAUGAGGGACUGGCUCACGCAGAGAAACAAUUUCCUUCUACCUUAUUUCACUGAAGAUGAAAAAAAGCUAAUCCGGGGUUCUUUCGACUUCCUGGCCGUAAGCCAUUACACCACCAUCCUCGUCGACUGGGAAAAAGAAGAUCCAAUGAAAUACAACGAUUACCUGGAGGUGCAGGAAAUGACCGACAUCACGUGGCUCAACUCCCCCAGUCAGGUGGCAGUAGUGCCCUGGGGCUUACGCAAAAUUCUCAACUGGCUGAAGUUGAAGUACGGAGACCUCCCCAUGUAUAUAAUAUCCAACGGCAUAGACGAUGAUCCGCAGGCAGCGCAAGACAAGCUGAGGGUGUAUUACAUGCAAAAUUAUGUAAAUGAAGCUCUGAAAGCCUACAUAUUGGAUGGUGUCAAUCUUUGUGGAUACUUUGCUUAUUCAUUCAAUGAUCGCACAGCUCCAAAGUUUGGCUUCUAUCAUUAUGCUGCAAAUCAGUUUGAGCCCAAACCGUCCAUGAAACAUUAUCGGAAAAUGAUUGACAGCAAUGGUUUCUCGGGUCCUGAAACUCUGGGGAGAUUUUGUCCAGAAGAAUUCACCCUGUGCACCGAAUGCGGCUUUUUUCAUACCCGCAAAUCUUUAGUGGCUUUCAUAGCUUUCCUACUUUUUGCCUUUAUUAUUUCUCUUUCUCUGAUUUUUUACUACUCUAAGAAAGGCAAAAGAAGUUACAAGUAGUCCUGACCUUUUUCCUAUUCAUUUACUUUGAAAUGAUUAUGCGCACACAUCAGCUGUUCACCAUUUGCACGUCUCAGUGUCGUAAGACUGGAUUUCACUUAUCUGACUUCUAGAAAAAAAAAUGUGUGGCGUAUGACAGAGGUAUGGAAGUGAGCAUAGGUGAUUGUAAAAUACUGAAUAAUGUGAAUAGUGCCUGGAUUUGUUCUUUCUUGGAGGAUGACCAAAGACGGUUAGGGGCCAUCAUCUCUGCAACACAUUCUGUAACAAAUGUAUGGGAAGUGGGACCCAUUCUGGAACAUUUUUGUAGAAAUUGAAUAGCAAGAUCAGUGCCCGUUCCUAAAUUAUCUUGAAGUAAAACAAAUGUGGAAAUAAAAAGUUAAGUCCCAAAUAACCAUCUCUAAACUUCCGUGAUAUGCCUAAUGGUCUCUGUUGGACCCAGUUUCCCUUGAAAAAGAAAUGGUAGAAUAUUAGAGACAUGACAGAGGGCCCUACGCUAGAACGUUCCUUUUAAAAGCAGUGUUUCUAUCAAAUGCUGCUAAUAUUAAUUUACAUAUCUGGUUAAUGAUGUACUUAGCAGAGCAAAUUGUAGAAUUUUAUUUUAUGUGACUUUCAAGGCACUUUUCAGGCCCUGGGGUCCUUGAGGGCUUUGUGUCACUGGGGCCUUGUCAAGGGUCUGUACAUAGAGGGCUUUAAAUGUUUGCAGAAAAAUAAAUAUGAAUCAUGAGAUGUUGGACUCUUCAGGAAGCAUAAACCGAUCGUGCAAUGCAUUAUACUGCGUGGAGAGGAGGAAAGGAGGAAAAAGUGCAUAUUAUGAGCAACAGUAUGAUUAAUUUGAUUAGAAACCCUUUGAUUUUAGAGCACUCCUUUCAAUGAAUGAUGUGACCUUUCCUGAGUGAAUAAGAACGAAAUAAUCACUCAUCCUAUGAAGAGUGACUUCACUUGCUGUUCUUUAGAAAGUGCCCUGAUUUCUUUGAAUCGAGUUUUUAAAAAUUCUUACUAGGUUCGCAUUUGGUCUGAUAACACUGGAAGAUUUAUUUCUGUGAUCGCUGAGGUUUAUUUUCUAUUUUUGCUGCACCUUCUGUGGAACUAGCUUUGAAGUAGUUUUGCUUUGAACUUUCACACUGAAACAUGCUACUGAUUUCUAGAAAGGGCUAAUGAGGUCUUAUCUUUUAAUGACCCUUAAACAAGUUUUGCUGAUUUUCAGACAGGGGUCUUUCUAUGACACUGGAGUUGUGGACGAUCAUAAUGUUUGUUUUAUAGAUAAGCCAGUAUCGUAUCAGGCAAGGUAAACCACUAUCGUAUCAGGCAUAACUAAUCUUGCCGACACAGGGUUAUAGUGUAUAAUAAAAUGUUGUACUGUAUUAUGUAUCA